UUCUGCCAGCUGCCAAUGUCCCAGCUGACCGCCACCCCGGCAAGUGCUCUAGCAGAUGAGCCAGUGCAUAUCCGAGUGACAGGCCUGACCCCGUUGCAGAUAGUGACCCUCACGGCAUCCCUGAAGGAUGAGAAGGGGUAUGUGUUCCAGUCUCAAGCCUUCUACAGGGCAAACGAGGUUGGUGAACUGGACCUAACAGAGGCUUCUUCAUUUGGAGGAGACUAUGUGGGGGUCCACCCAAUGGGUCUCUUCUGGUCUCUGAAGCCCAAGAAGGCUUUCCGGAGGCUGCUUAAGCAGGAUGUGAUGAACAGCCCCUUUUGGGUCACUCUGAAUGUCUAUGACUCAGUUUUUCUGCAAGUUUCCACCACAGAUCAGCCUAAGGCCAGCCAGAUGGUACAGCGCUGGUUCUCGGGCCCUGGGGUACAGCGGGUGCAGAUCCGGGAAGGUCGUGUGCGAGGAGCCCUUUUUCUCCCUCCAGGGGAAGGUCCUUUCCCAGGGAUCAUGGAUUUGUUUGGGGGCCGAGGGGGUCUGGUUGAAUUUCGAGCCAGUCUUUUGGCUUCCCAUGGCUUUGCAGUGCUGGCAUUAGCAUAUUUUGGCUAUGAAGAUCUGCCUGCGGAACUGGGGGAGAUCGACCUGGAAUAUUUUGAGGAAGCUGCUAACUUGCUACUAGCUCAUCCCAAGAUCCAACCGCCAGGAAUCGGACUAUUCUCUGUGAGCAAAGGUGCAGAGAUCGCGCUGGCCAUGGCCUGCUUCCUGAAGCAGGUGGUAGCCACCGUCUGCAUCAACGGGACCAACGCCAUCUAUGAAUUUCCGCUCAGGUACAAAGAUCUGGUUAUAACACCCAUCCCCACGUUUCUGGAGCGCCUGCAGUUUGAUGUCUUAGGGGCCGGGCGCUUCCGCCACUACAGGGGGAAUGCCCGGGAUGAACUGAAUCAGAAGAGCGUGCUUCCUAUUGAAAAGGCCCAGGGUCCGAUCCUCUUCAUUGUAGGAGAGAGUGAUGAGUGCUUGAAUAGCAAGGACUAUGCGGAGCAGGCCCUGGAGCAGCUGAGGAGCCACGGGAAGAACAAUGGAAGGAUGCUGGUAUACCCUGGGGCUGGCCACCUCAUAGAGCCUCCCUACACACCCCUGUGUUAUGCUUCCCCACAAAGCAACUUUUCCCGGCUCUUGCUCUGGGGAGGGGAGCCGGUUGCCCACGCGGCAGCCCAGGAGCACUCCUGGGGAGAGAUCCAGAAGUUCUUCAGGGAACACCUUACUGAAACCAGAAGAAAACUCUGAGCAAGGGCUAAGGGUGAUGAUGCACUGGGGAGAUAAUGAAAGGAAGGCAGGGAUAUGAUGGA